UCCACAAUAACCAAAAUCAUGGCAUUUCAAGGCUAUCGAGUACUCCUAGGCCUCCUGCUCUUUCUUGGCUCAUUGAUUGAUAAUAGCAUUGCUGUUACACCAAGCCAUCACACUGCUUCACUCAACCGGAGCAGUUUCCCGGCCGGUUUCAUUUUCGGGACGGCAACAUCGUCUUACCAGUAUGAAGGUGCAGCAAAUGAAGGUGGCAGAGGACCAAGUAUAUGGGAUACUUACACCCAUAAAUAUCCAGGAAAGAUAACGGAUGGCAGUAAUGGAGAUGUAGCCAAUGAUCAAUAUCAUCACUACAAGGAAGAUGUUGGGAUUAUGAAGAAGAUGGGUUUAGAUGCAUACAGGUUCUCAAUCUCCUGGUCCCGAGUGUUGCCAAAAGGAAAGCUAAGCGGGGGUGUGAACAGUGAAGGAAUCAAAUAUUACAACAAUCUCAUCAAUGAGCUCCUGAAUAAAGGUUUACAACCCUUUGUGACACUUUUUCAUUGGGAUCUUCCACAAGCCUUAGAAGAUGAGUAUGGAGGUUUCUUAAGUCCUCACAUUGUUGAUGACUUUCGGGAUUAUGCUGAGCUUUGCUUCAAGGAAUUUGGUGACCGUGUAAAGCAUUGGAUCACACUAAAUGAGCCAUGGAGCUAUAGCGUUGGUGGUUAUGUACAAGGGAUAUUAGCACCUGGUCGAUGCUCUAGUUGGCAAAAUUUGAACUGCACCGGUGGAGAUUCAGGCACAGAGCCAUAUUUGACUUCCCAUUACCAGCUUCUUGCUCAUGCAGCUGCUGUUCAAGUGUACAAGAAAAUUUAUCAGACCGCACAAAAAGGCAUUAUAGGGAUUACGCUAGUGAGCCAUUGGAUGGUGCCAUUCUCCGAUGCCAAGCACAAUCGUAAUGCCGCGCUACGUGCCCUUGAUUUCAUGCUUGGAUGGUUUAUGGACCCUUUGACACAUGGUGAUUAUCCCCAUAGCAUGCAGUCUCUGGUUGGAAAGCGAUUGCCCAAGUUCAGCAAAAAGCAAUUGAAGCUGGUAAAAGGAUCAUUUGACUUCAUAGGAAUAAACUACUAUACUGCCAAUUAUGCAGCCAACACACCUCACCAUAAUUCUGGAAAUGCAAGUUGGUUGACAGAUUUUAGGGCUAAUCUUACGACUCAGCGCAACGGGAUUCCCAUUGGUGCUCCGGCUGGUUCAGAUUGGCUCCAUGUCUAUCCUAGAGGAUUUCUGGAUAUUUUGCUUUACACAAAGAAGAAGUAUCAUAAUCCACUAAUCUACAUUACUGAGAAUGGGAUUGAUGAGGCUGAUAAUGCAACCUUGUCCCUGAAGGAAGCUCUUGUGGACAACCAAAGAAUUGAGUAUUACCAUAGCCAUCUUUGGUAUCUUCGCAAGGCUAUUAAAUAUGGUGUAAAUAUUAAAGGAUACUUUGCAUGGUCAUUGUUGGACAACUUCGAAUGGAAUUCAGGUUAUACAGUUCGGUUUGGCAUCAACUAUGUAGACUAUAAGAACGGACAGAAAAGACACCCGAAGCAUUCAGUUCGUUGGUUCAAAAAAUUCCUCAAGAAAUAG